AUGGCUAAUCAAAACCCAGAAAAAAAUGGAGACACCAACCAAUCCCAGCUGCCGGUUUCCGAUUUGGCCCUCCCCAAGAAGCCUAAGAGAAGCAAGUAUGCUUUAGCUUGCUCUCUUUUAGCUUCAAUGUCAUCAAUCUUACUCGGAUAUGAUACAGGAGUGAUGAGUGGAGCAAUAAUCUACAUCAAGGACGACCUCAAAAUCUCCGAUGUCGAAAUAGAGAUCCUAGUAGGGACCAUAAAUGUCUUCGCCCUUGUUGGAUCCGCCUUAGCCGGACGGACCUCCGACUGGAUUGGCCGCCGUUACACCAUAGUCUUGGCGGGGGCAAUCUUCUUUGCCGGAGCUUUUUUAAUGGCCUUUGCCACCAACUAUGCAUUUCUUAUGUUUGGCCGGUUCGUGGCUGGGAUCGGAGUCGGCUAUGCUCUGAUGAUAGCUCCCGUGUAUACCGCUGAGUUAUCUCCGGCCUCAUCUCGUGGAUUCCUCACUUCUUUCCCUGAAGUCUUCAUCAAUGCUGGUGUAUUGUUAGGAUAUAUAUCAAAUUAUGUAUUUUCCAAGCUUCCAACGAACUUGGGCUGGCGACUCAUGCUUGGUGUUAGUGCAAUUCCAUCGGUUAUCCUAGGUCUGGGUGUCCUAGGCAUGCCCGAGUCACCCCGGUGGCUAGUCAUGCAAGGUCGAUUAGGCGAUGCAAAAAAAGUCCUGAACAAAACCUCGGAUUCAUUAGAGGAGUCCCAAAUGAGAUUGGCUGAUAUUAAAGAGGCUGCAGGAUUGCCAGAAAAUUGCAACGAAGACGUCGUUUCUGUUCCAAAACGAAGCCAUGGCGAAGAUGUAUGGAAAGAAAUGUUCCUCCACCCUACACCGAGGGUCAUACACAUUAUGUUGGCGGGCAUUGGUAUACAUUUUUUCCAACAAGCGAUUGGCAUAGAUUCUGUUGUGAUAUACAGUCCUAGAAUUUUUGAAAAAGCCGGUUUGAAAACUAAUACGGACAAACUACUUGCCACUAUAGCAGUAGGAAUCUCAAAGACAAUCUCCAUCCUAGUGUCCACAUUUUUGCUAGACAGGAUUGGACGGCGAGUUUUGCUCCUCACAAGUUGUGGUGGUGUUAUAUUCUCCCUCGCGAGCCUAGCCACUGGAUUGACCAUAAUUGAUCAAUAUCCAGAUCAAAAAUUAACGUGGGCCGUUGCCUUGUGCAUCCUCAUGACAUUAGCAUGUGUUGCAUUUUUCUCGAUUGGGAUGGGUCCCAUUGCAUGGGUCUACAGCUCCGAGAUCUUCCCGUUAAAGCUAAGGGCCCAAGGGUGCAGUAUAGGAGUCUCGGUUAACAGAGUCGUCAGUGGGGUGAUAUUAAUGACAUUUAUAUCCCUGUACAAGAGCAUUACAAUUGGAGGGUCUUUCUUUUUGUUCGCAGGGGUUGCGACUGUAGCUUGGAUUUUCUUCUACACAUUGCUACCUGAGACACGGGGAAGAACCCUAGAGGAUAUGGAAGUCCUGUUUGGUACUUUCUUUAGGUGGAGAUCCACCAUGAGAGAAUUAGAGAAGAAGAAAACGGAGGGCAAUUCUGAUGGACUUCACACGGCCACCAGUAACCAGGCUUGA